GGCCUUUUAACAAAAUUGUCUCUCAGUGCUGUGGCCGCCUUUUUCGAAGGACUUGAAUGCGGGAAAAAUUUCUAAGAUCACAGUGAACACACAUUUAUAUCCAUUCUCUCAUCCUUAUUCCUGUUUGGAAAGAAAGACACCCCCAUUGCUCCAGCAUGCCUCAGCAGAAGCUCAGUGACCAGCCCAUGUCUCUGGUGUGUGAGUGGGCCUCCUGUCAGGAAGUGUGUGAAGAUGUGGACAGUUUCAUGAGGCACAUCCGGGAGCACCACUAUCCACACUUCCUACCUGCACAGAAGGACAGGCCAGACAUACCAGAUGAGUACUUCUGCCAGUGGGUGGACUGUGGUGCGUUUGCAGGCAACUUCCCGGAGAGUCUACUGCGCCACACCUACUACCACGCCCACCACGCCAAGCUGAAGUGGCUGGGCAUGCACGUGGCCAGGAACAACCAGGAGAACCACUGUUUACUGGACAAACAGAACCGCAACUACCUGGUGGACAUUCCAGAUAGGAUGCAGUGUUCUUGGGAAGAUUGUGGGGCGAUUGUGGAUAACCCUGAACACUACUUUCGCCAUGUGGAGAUGCAUGCCAUGAGUUCAGACCAACCAAAUGGGUCAUCCAACAUGCCGGUGAUACCAUGUAAAUGGGCAGGUUGUCAGUCCAGUUUUAAGAACAAGUUCAAGUUGAAGGAGCACAUGCGAGUGCACACCCAGGAGAAGCUGUUUGCCUGCUGGAUCUGCGGAGGCCUCUUCUCCAACAGAACCAAGUUCAUGGACCAUAUCAAGAGACAGGCAGCACCAGAAGACCAGAGUUACCAGUGCUCUCACUGCUCAAAAAGGUUCUCCACAGAAAGACUACUGAGGGAUCAUAUGAGACAUCAUGUCAACCACUACAAGUGUCCUCACUGUGACAUGACGUGCCCCACGCCAUCAGGGUUACGUAGUCACAUCAAGUUUCGUCAUGAAGAGGACCGACCAUACCAGUGUGAAUUCUGUCACUACAAGUGUAAGACUAACUACGACCUGCGGCGUCACAUGGACAGUCACAGUGUGGAGAAGAUCUACCAGUGUCAACACUGUGACUACAGCUGCAAGGCCUACAACAGUCUCAGGGACCAUCUCAGGAAAGACCACGAGGCCGGAGGUGCAGUACAGCGCUACUUGUGUCACAUCUGUCAGAAGGUGUACAGCAGGGGUACAGGCCUGACUCGCCAUCUCAAGACUGCUCACAAGUUUAAGUGGCCUUCAGGACACAGUAGGUUCAGGUACAAGGAGCAUGAUGAUGGCUACCUCAGGUUGCAGACUAUCCGGUAUGAAAGUGUUGAACUGACAGAGAUGCUCAUGAAGCCCCAGAGUGAGCAGGAAAGCUCGGAUGUGUCCGACAGAGACUCUGUUCCAUCACCCAUUCCUCACUCUGGCAAGGAUACUCCUCAAGAGUCUGUCCCAUCACCGAUACAUCCAUGUAUCCCUCCGCCAGAAAACUAUCGCAGCAAAGGCAGCACUACGUUGGAAGAAAUGAACCGAGAAGGUGCACUUUUACAGAACAGUGAAGUCAGCAUCACUCUGCAGGAUUCAGCAAUAUCCCAGGAAGUACAUCAUGCAGGAGUUGUUCUGGACCCCAGCACCGUCCACACAGACGCAGCACACAUCCUGGCCAGCGUGGCGACUCACCAGCCCCUCAGCACGUUCUCCGACAACCAGGUGGCUGUUGGGAGUAACCACGCCCUGUCCGCGCCCAGCUGUGGCCAGGUGGAGGGGACUGCAGUGGUCCCCCAUACACACCCUUCAGAACUCCUGUGGCAGGUCCUGCCCACCCCUGGGGGGCAUCAGGAGGUGGGCCUGCCCCAGCCAGUCUCCACGCUAACCCUGCAGACUGGAGGGGCACAGGAGGUGGUGUACAGUAUGGUGGAGAUCAACACAGACGGACACGUGGUGACCACUCAACCAGGGAUGCACAUCAUGACAGACAAUCCACACAGGGGCCACCCUGUAGGACAGAGAGAGGAGGUAUCAUUGUCAACCCUGAAGCAGACAGCAGAGGAGAUGGGGAUACAGGUUAUAGGAUUUGACUAGAGUGAUGUCACAGGUUACACUGUUCAUUUAGUUAAGUUCCAUACGCUUUUGAGACAUGGAA